AUGGCAGCGGGGAGAGCCGCCUCUUACUCGUCUCCAUCCUCCAGCUUCAAUGCUGGCUAUGGGAACAGCCACAGCGGGGCGGCGGCCAGUGAGGAUGAGGAUGGACAGAACCUGUGGUCCUCCAUACUGAGUGAGGUUUCCACUAGGUCUCGUUCAAAGUUACCCUCUGGAAAGAAUGUGCUGGUGCUUGGUGAGGAUGGAGCUGGCAAGACAAGUUUGAUAGGAAAGCUGCAGGGAAUCGAAGAGUACAAGAAAGGAAGAGGAAUGGAAUAUCUUUACAUUAACGUCCAUGAUGAAGACAGAGAUGAUCAAACCAGAUGUAAUGUGUGGAUUUUGGAUGGUGAUCUUUAUCACAAGGGCCUGCUGAAGUUUGCCAUGGAUGUUGGUAGUGUUAGGGACACAUUGGUCAUGUUGGUGGUAGAUAUGUCACGGCCUUGGUUGGCCUUGGAUUCACUUCAGAAGUGGGCCAGUGUUGUCCGUGAGCACAUAGACAAAAUAAAAAUCCCCCCUGAAGACAUGAAGGAGAUGGAAGAGAAAAUGGUUAGAAAUUUCCAAGAAUAUGUAGAGCCUGGAGAUGAAUUUCCUGCCUCACCGCAGAGGAGGGCUACAUCCUCGCAAGAGGAUCAAGAUGACAGCGUGAUCCUGCCCUUGGGAGAAGACACCCUAACGCAUAACCUUGGCAUUCCUGUAGUAGUAGUUUGCACAAAGUGUGAUGCCAUCAGUAUUUUGGAAAAAGAACACGAUUAUACAGAUGAGCACUUUGACUUUAUUCAGUCCCAUAUCCGGAAGUUUUGUUUACAGUAUGGCGCCGCACUAAUUUACACAUCAAUCAAAGAGAACAAAAAUAUAGACAUUGUAUAUAAGUAUAUUGUCCAGCACUUAUAUGGAUUUCCCUUCAAUAUGCCUGCUGUGGUUGUAGAAAAGGAUGCAGUAUUUAUUCCUGCAGGAUGGGAUAAUGAGAAGAAGAUAGGAAUUUUACAUGAAAACUUUCAAACGCUAAAACCAGAGGAUGCUUUUGAAGAUAUAAUCACUAAACCACCUGUGCGAAAGUUUGUGCAUGAGAAAGAGAUUGUAGCAGAAGAUGAUCAGGUGUUCCUUAUGAAGCAGCAAUCACAGUUGGCAAAACAACCACCAUCUUCAGCAGGACGACCAGAUGCAUCUCCAAGAGUUCCUGGUGGGUCUCCAAGGACACCCAGCAGAUCAGGAUCAUCUAAUGUUACCAGUGUGUCGCCUGUCCCUGCUGGCACAAAGAAAAUUGAUCCCAACAUGAAAGCUGGAACAACAAGUGAAGGAGUGCUUGCUAAUUUCUUUAACAGCUUACUAAGCAAGAAAACUGGAUCCCCUGGGCCUGGGGGUACAGGCAGCCCUACAGUCAAUUCUGGAGGCAACAGCCUGCCAACAUCUGCCAAAAAAACAGGCCAAAAGCCAGUGUUAACAGACGUCCAAGCUGAACUGGAUAGAAUCUCUCGUAAACCUGAUAUUGUCUCCCCAACAUCACCUACAUCCCCUACAGAAAAUGAAGCAUCUUGA